AAGCUGCGAUAAUAUUUUCCCCGGGGGGCGCCAUUGUUUCUACCAUUGUUUUGUUUCUCGCCGGGUCAAAUCAGAGUCGUGUGUUCUCGUCAGCCGUUCAUCCCGCAUAGGUCGGCUGCAUUGCAGGCACUGGCGUACAGGGAUCGUGUCCCUGAGCGCGUACCAAAAAAGACAACACCAUACAACAAACUACUCCUGACCCGUAAAGAAGAACAAAAGUCGCCCCAAAAGGUCGCCCGAAACGCCCGUCGCCGCCCAUGAAGUCCCACAGACUCCGCGUCUGAUCGCUGCUUAAACCGACGGCCGCGCUGGCUUCUCCUUCCCCCAUAUACCCCGGCUUUUACGAGUACAUUGCCCGCAGCAGACAUCAUGGCGUCCGGCGGAGGGAAUAUCAAGGUCGUGGUGCGAUGCAGGCCUUUUAACGGACGAGAAAAGGCGCGCAAUGCACAAUGUAUCGUGCAGAUGAAAGGCGACCAGACCAUUCUGACUCCCCCACAACACCUGGAUAUCAAGGGUAAGGCCGCCAAAGCCGCCGCCGAAGGCACCAAGACAUUCGCCUUUGACCGAUCCUACUGGUCCUUUGACCGCGAUGCUCCCAACUAUGCGGGCCAAGACAACCUCCACGAGGAUCUCGGAAAGCCGCUUCUCGACAAUGCCUUCCAGGGCUACAACAACUGUAUUUUCGCCUACGGUCAGACGGGUUCGGGCAAGUCGUACUCGAUGAUGGGCUAUGGCGCAGAAUACGGAAUCAUUCCCAAGAUUUGCCAGGACAUGUUUGAGAGGAUAAAGGGGUUGCAGGCGGACAAGAAUUCAACAUGCACAGUUGAAGUCUCAUAUCUGGAAAUCUACAAUGAGCGCGUACGCGAUCUGCUAAAUCCGUCAAACAAGGGCAAUUUGCGUGUCCGAGAGCACCCGUCGACCGGUCCUUAUGUCGAAGAUUUGGCCAAACUGGUCGUCCAGUCUUUUCCCGAAAUCGAGAACUUGAUGGACGAAGGAAACAAGGCCCGUACCGUCGCCGCGACCAACAUGAACGAAACCUCCUCCCGAUCGCACGCCGUCUUCACCCUUACCCUCACCCAGAAACGCCACGAUGUCGAGACAAGCAUGAGCGGGGAGAGGGUGGCAAAGAUUAGUUUGGUUGAUUUGGCUGGUUCGGAAAGAGCUACCUCGACAGGUGCAACGGGCGCAAGGCUGAAGGAGGGUGCAGAGAUCAAUCGAUCUCUCUCUACCCUAGGUCGUGUCAUUGCAGCCCUCGCGGAUCAGUCGUCAGGGAAGAAAAAGGCUCAAGUUCCCUACCGAGACUCCAUCUUGACAUGGCUGCUCAAAGACUCGCUAGGAGGAAACAGUAUGACUGCCAUGAUCGCUGCCAUUUCCCCGGCCGACAUCAACUUCGACGAAACCCUCUCCACGCUCCGUUAUGCCGACUCUGCGAAACGUAUCAAGAACCACGCCGUCGUAAACGAAGACCCCAACGCGCGCAUGAUUAGAGAACUCAAGGAGGAACUGUCCAAAUUGCGGUCACAAUUAGGUGGGGGUGGGGGAGGCGCUCCGGGUGCGAACGGCAUCAUAGAAGAACAGUACGCACCAGACACACCGUUGGAAAAACAAAUUGUCUCCAUUACACAGGCAGAUGGAUCGAUCAAGAAGGUCUCAAAAGCUGAGAUUGUCGAGCAGCUGGACCAAUCGGAGAAGCUCUACACCGAGUUGAAUCAGACUUGGGAAGAGAAGCUGCAAAAGACGGAAGAAAUUCACAAGGAGCGCGAGGCUGCCUUAGAAGAGCUAGGAAUCAGCAUUGAAAAGGGCUUCGUUGGUCUUUCAACGCCCAAGAACAUGCCUCAUUUGGUCAAUUUGAGUGAUGAUCCACUUCUGACCGAAUGUCUCGUCUACAAUCUAAAACCUGGUACGACAACAGUGGGAAACUCAGACGUUGACGGUCAGACUGCACAAAUCCGCUUAAAUGGUUCGCAGAUUCUUGCCGAGCACUGCAACUUUGAGAAUGUGGACGGCAAGGUUACUGUGAUACCCCAGGAAACUGCUAGUGUCAUGGUUAACGGCGUACGCAUCGAUAAGCCCAGGUUACUCAAGAGCGGGCACCGCAUCAUCCUUGGCGACUUCCACAUUUUUCGAUUCAAUAACCCACAAGAAGCAAGAGCGGAGCGCGCUGAAGUCGGAACAAGCCUUCUCCGACAGACAGUGGCUGGUAAUCUGAAUUCUCCUUCGCCCGCACCUAGGCCCGGACACGACAGAUCCUACAGUGCAAUUAGCAUAGCGAACAGCGACUUCGACCCAGACAGUCCCAGAGCCGGAUCGCCUGCGCUGUGGCAACGCGGUCGAGAGUCCGAGUUUUCCUACGCGCGGAGGGAGGCCCUUACUGCUUGGCUAGGACCGGAUAAACGCAUCGAGACCCUUCCAGACGAGGAUUUUGAGGCGCUGUUCGAAAACCUCAGCAGGCUGCGCGAGACACGGAAAGCUCGUCCGGAGAGUCGGAUAUACAGCGACGAGGGUGAUACCGAGUCUAUGUCUUCAUACGCUUUCAGGGACAGGGAGAAGUAUGCCUCUGGUGGCAGUGGGACGUUGGACAACUUCUCGCUGGAUACCAUGUUGACGAUGCCGUCCACGCCACAGCAAGAAGGUAGCGAAAAGAUGCACGAGAUCCGAGAGGACAUGCAAAGGAAGAUUGAGCAGUCAAAGGACGACUUUCAGAGCAAACUCAAGGCCGACGUGGAGGCCAAGGUUGAGCUGGAAGAGCUGCGGGCUGCGAAAGAAGAGAUGCAGAAGCAACUGAAGGAGCAGAAAGAAGCAUUCAAGCGUCAAUUGAAGAGCUUAGGACAUGAUAUCCCGCCUGAAAUCAACGAAGAACCGGAAACCGACGAGGCCACACAGAACGAACAUCAGCUGGAGUUGAUCCGGACUGUGUCCAAACAGUGGCGGCGACGGAAAUAUGUCACCAUGGCGGAGACGCUUUUGCAAAAUGCGGCGAUCCUGAAGGAGGCCCAGGUCAUGAGCCAGCAAAUGGACAAGCGCGUUGUUUUCCAGUUUUGCAUCGUCGAUAUUGGUCAUACAGUCCCAUCAUCCUACGACCUGGUCAACAUGGGCAUCCCUGGAGAAGACGACGAGUAUCUUGACAAUCAAUCAAAGCCAUGCGUCGGCAUACGCGUCAUUGAUUUCAAGAAUGAGGUCGUUCACCUUUGGUCGUUGCAGAAGCUACGCGAUAGGGUACGGCGGAUGCACCAAAUGCAUCAGUACAUGAACCGUCCAGAGUACUUCCAGCAUUUCAACCCUGAGUCGCCUUUCUCAGAACCGUGCAUGCCUGAGUUCACGCGGAUAGGGGAUGUGGAUGUUCCGCUUGCCGCUGUAUUCGAGUCGAGAGUACGGGACUUUAGUCUUGAUGUGAUCUCUCCGUAUACGGCAAACCCUAUUGGUAUCAUCCGGCUGUCGUUAGAACCUUCAUCCGCAGAGGCUCCUUCAACUACGCUCAAGUUUAAUGUCGGUAUGCACGAGUUCGUUGGCUUCCCAGAACGAGAAGGAACUCAAGUGCACGCUGUGCUCUUCGUGCCCGGUAUCUCAGAUGAGAGCGGUGCGACGACUACAACUUGGAUAACAGAUUUCAACGAAGGGCCCAUUCGUUUCGAGAGUGUGCAUAGCAUGAGCCUUCCGUAUCCAAGUCCGCGCGACACGUUUUUGCGGAUAUCAAUCUUCGCGAAAGUGACAGAUAUCCAUCUUGACAAGCUGCUAAGUUGGGACGACAUGCGCGACUCGGCGGAGCAGCCCAAGCAAAAACGACGAAACGCACGCUUACCAGAGUCGGAGUUUUAUACAGAGGACACACAUGAUAUCUUCUCGCGUAUACAGAUACAAGAGAUUACGGAUGAUGGAACAUAUCAGCCGGUUGAAGUCACACAGAGCAGCGUUAUGGAUGCUGGAGUGUACCAGCUCCAUCAGGGUCUGGCACGUCGUAUUGUCGUCAACCUUACCCACACUGCUGGAGACACAAUACACUGGGAGGGUGUCAAGGCGCUCCGUAUGGGCCGUAUUCGCAUGGUCGAUGCAGCAGGCAAUUGUCCAAACUACGGCUCGCCUGUCAAGGAAGUGCCAGUGGAUCUGGUCUCGCCGCCGCUUAUCAGGAAAAACGCAGACGGCACAACCAAUGUGAAGUUUGUAGGAAGGUGGGACAGCACUGCACAUGCUUCCCAGAUUCUUGACCGUGCGACGAAAGACAACUUCCGGGUCAAAACAACCCUACUCUUCGACGUUACAUCGCCCAAACUCAUCGAACCGAUGACCUUCUCCUUUGAUCUCCUCGUUCAGAUCCGAGGCCGCUCAUAUAUCCGCCAAACCUCGCUCUUCUCCCUCGCCAGCAUCUGGAAUACUGUCAAGAUCGUCCACUCCACCGUCGGUAUCUUCAACGUCGCCAUCCGCCCCACCUCCGUAAAGCGCGCCACGGACCUCUGGCGUAUGAACACAAAAGACGACUACAUAAAAGGCGAAGAACAACUCUCCGGCUGGACCCCUCGCGGCGUCUCCCUCGUCCGCGACUUCAUCGACAUGGAAAAGCGCCGCCGCCGCAUCGCCGACAUUGAAACCGCGCGCUCAGUCCUCUCCUCCAAAGCUCUCAGCAUCCCCACCUCCGCGCUCGCCGCCUCAAAAAACAAGUCCUUAACAGACUCCCAAAAAGCGCUCCUCACACGCAUAAUCUCGCUUUGGAAGACCAAAAAGGCCCCCGCGGAAAUCAUCCUCAAUUCAACGAAUCUGGAACCGCCAUCGAAUGGCGCAGCUUUUGCACCCCGCUCACCGUCUCCAUCCCCGAGUCCGACACCGAGUCUCACAGCUACUGUACGCUUCGUUGCCAAGAAUCCAAACCUUAUGAAGGCGAGUUACCUGAUGACACCCGAUCCGACAAAUACCCGCUGGAUACGACGAUAUGUCGAACUGCGUAAACCAUACCUGCACAUCUACUCCAACGACGGCGAUGAAAUUAACGCAAUCAAUGUAUCCACCGCUAAAAUCGAUCAUUCGCCGCAGAUUGCUAGACUGCUUUCUGGAGGCGGCAGCGUUAGCAGCGGCGCAUCGUUGAGCGUUCCCGGAAAUGCAGCUAGUGGUAGCGAGGAGUGA